GGGAGCUGGAGAGGACACCAUCUGCCCCCCCACCCACGCCCCCGCCCUCCCAGCUCCAGGGGUGGGGCAAGGCCCCCCCCCACCCCCGCAGCCGGCCCAGCCUCGGGGGUCCCCGGGGGCCGUGGCCACCAGGAUGUUAUGCGCACAGCCUGUGGAUGACAGUGCGUGCUGAAAGCUCAGUGGGUGCCACGCUCUUCCACAAGCCUGCAAACCACCACCGCAGCUGAGAUGGGCUCGGCUCCUGGACUUGCCACAGACAGUAAACAUAACAGACGCUCGCCCCGGAGAGUCUCUGGCUGAUCCACAGCGGCCCAGAGCACUGGGCAGAAGACGGCCAGCCAGCCAGGGGCAGGAGAUGCAGAGCACUGUCAAUUACCUAUGGCACACCGACGACCUGCUGGGGCAGGGGGCCACUGCCAGUGUGUACAAGGCCCGAAACAAGAAAUCCGGGGAGCUGGUUGCCGUGAAGGUCUUCAACACCGCCAGCUACCUGCGACCCCGCGAGGUGCAGGUGAGGGAGUUUGACGUCCUGCGAAAGCUGAACCACCAGAACAUCGUCAAGCUCUUUGCGGUGGAGGAGACGGGGGGCAGCCGGCAGAAGGUGCUGGUGAUGGAGUACUGCUCUGGUGGGAGCCUGCUGAGCGUGCUCGAAAGCCCCGAGAACGCCUUCGGGCUGCCGGAGGAGGAGUUUCUGGUGGUGCUGCGCUGUGUGGUGGCCGGCAUGAACCACCUGCGGGAAAACAGCAUUGUCCACCGUGACAUCAAGCCUGGAAACAUCAUGCGCCUCAUGGGGGAGGAGGGGCAGAGCAUCUAUAAGUUGACGGACUUCGGGGCCGCCCGGGAGCUGGAUGACGAUGAGAAGUUUGUCUCUGUCUAUGGCACUGAGGAGUACCUGCACCCUGACAUGUAUGAACGGGCAGUGCUUCGCAAGCCCCAGCAGAAGACAUUUGGGGUGACCGUGGAUCUCUGGAGCAUUGGGGUAACCCUGUACCACGCAGCCACCGGCAGCCUGCCCUUUGUCCCCUUCGGUGGACCACGGCGCAACAAGGAGAUGAUGUACCGGAUCACCACGGAGAAGCCGGCCGGGGCCAUCGCAGGCACUCAGAGGCGGGAGAACGGGCCCCUGGAGUGGAGUUACACCCUCCCCGUCACCUGCCGGCUGUCCAUGGGGCUGCAGAGCCAGCUGGUGCCCAUCCUGGCCAACAUCCUGGAGGCGGAGCAGGCCAAGUGCUGGGGCUUCGACCAGUUCUUUGCGGAGACCAGUGACAUCCUGCAGCGAGUUGUUGUCCAUGUCUUCUCCCUGUCCCAGGCGGUCCUGCACCACGUCUACAUCCACGCCCACAACACGGUAGCCAUCUUUCUGGAAGCCGUGUACAAGCAGACCAGUGUGGCCCCCCAGCAUCAGGAGUACCUCUUUGAGGGUCACGUCUGUGUCCUUGAGCCCAGCCUCUCAGCGCAGCACAUUGCCCACACGACAGCAAGCAGCCCCCUGACCCUAUUCAGCAUGGCCAGCGAGACCCCCAAGGGGCUGGCCUUCAGGGACCCCGCUCAGGACAUCCCCAAGUUCUUCCCCAAAGUGGAUCUGCAGGCGGAUUACAGCACUGCCAAGAGCGUGCUGGGCGCUGGCUACCAGGCCCUGUGGCUGGCGCGGGCCCUGCUGGCCGGGCAGGAACUAAUGCUUCGGGGGCUGUACUGGUUCGUGGAGAUGCUCCAGGCCACAUGCAGGCGGACGCUGGAGGUCACGCGGAUGGCCCUCCUGUUCCUCAGCAGCAGCCUGGGCACCGAGAGGUUCAGCAGUGUGGCUGGGAUGCCUGAAAUGCAGGAACUGAAGAGAGUCACAGAGCUGAGGUCCAAGCUGCGGGCUUUGGCUGAGGCCCUCUCCAGAUAUGCCCACGAUAUCACAGAGACCCAGAUGAGCCUAAGCAACCUGAGCUCUGAGCUGAUGAAGAACCGGGAUCAGGUACAUGCGGACAGAAGCAUCCAGCAGAUUCAGUGCUGUUUGGACAAGAUGAACCUCAUCUACAAACAGUUCAAGAAAUCCAGAAUGAGGCCAGGCCUCGGCUACAACGAGGAGCAGAUUCACAAGCUGGAUAAGGUGAAUUUCGGUCAUUUAGCCAAAAGGCUCCUGCAGGUAUUCCAGGAGAAGUGCGUGCAGAAGUACCAGACAUCUCUAGUCACGCACGGCAAGUGGAUGAGGGAGGCGCACGAGACCAGGAUCCGCUUGCGUAUGGUCAGCUGUUCUGUGGCUGCCUUUAACACAGAAGCCCAGGGAGCCCAGGAGAGCCUCAGCAAGAUCCUUGACCAGUUAUCUCACCAGCUCCUUCAGGACAGAACAAUGGGGGCUCAGGUCUCAGCACCCCCCACAGCUCCCCACCCCAGCCCUGCACUGACAGACCUGGUUCUGCACAUGCAGGAGCUCUGCGAGGAGGUGAAGCUGCUGGCCUUCGACCUUCAGGACAACAACCGCAUCAUUGAAGGGUUAAGUAGGCCCCCGUCGGCCCCUGACUCCUGAGGUCCGAGCUCCAUGGGGGCACGACAUCCUGAAGCAUUAGAAUCAUUCAAAGCCCGCUCUCCUGCCUGCAGUGCGGGACCUAACACAGGAUGAUGUCUGGUCCCAUCUCAUCAGCCUACCUCUCUCCCGGCCAACAGCUGGGAGAUGUCACCAGCAUUACCUUCCACUGCCUCUCUGCCGGAAGCAGCACAGUAGGACCUGGGGUGCCAGGCCAUCUCCGUCAGGCCCCACUGCCUGGGCUGAACUUUGUGUCUCUCUCACACAGGCUCAGGUACGGCUCCUCCGUCUCCCGGGCCUGUGUGGCUAAAGCUGGCAGGCCGCCUGGGGGGAGAAGAGACUCAGAUCACUCCCAUCGAUCUGCCCACCCACCUCUUCUGGUUUACGGGGCUUCACUUCUCAGGGAACAGAAGAGGAGGCCUCCAGGGGUUCCCCUAGGAUGCUAGGUCAAGUGACCUAAUUUCAGUCUUCCUUCCUCUUAAGGGGUUCCCCAGGGAACAUACAACCCUCCCCUCUCCUACGAUUUCUGGGGCUCCCCACCCUCAGCCCCAGGCAUUCCAGAGCCUGAUUUUGCCUCUACUCUUGGUCUGGCAGAGCCUGGCAGAGUUGAGAGAAUGGGUGGUCAAGGCCAGGUGCUAGGUCCCCGGGGACCCUUGCCCUCCUCAUUCUGCCCGAGGCACUGCCGGGCUCUGGGAGACGCAGCCAGCCACUGUCAACAGUGAGCACAGGCCCGUAAGCCCAGUGCCCAAAGGAGAUAAGAGGCCUGCACCUUGAAGAAGUGGAAUAAAUGUGGCGUGGCCUUCUUUUUCUCUA